GUAGCAUGGGGACAGCGCGGUCUGAGUUUAAAGCGUCUGUGAAACUGCGUUUCCUGUGAGUGGCGCUCCCCGCCACACGGGCUAGUUAGCUAACAGUAGCUGGAGUGAGACUGUUCGCUGACUUGCUCUCUGCCACGGUGUCGUUACUUUGGAGAACACAUGCUAAAAGCCCGAGCUAACCUGCUAGCCUCUCAGCUAGCGGGCUAACGUCAGUGCUGCUUUCAAGUGCUCUGCGAGAGAGUCGUCUACAAAGUUGUAAAUAACGGCUGGUGUUUGACUAUGCGGCGGGGGGAGCAGGGUCCACGGGCUUUCCAGGCCCCGGUGGAUGUCCAUGCCAGUGCAGAUGGCCAGGUUUACAUGUUCAGGAGGAGGCAGAAUGAGUCCGCUGGAUCCUCUGAUGAUGAGGAGCUCAGUGUCAUUGAGAUGCAGCCGCGGGUUUACCAAGAGCAGGAACAGGACAGACUGAGGAACGUCCAGCUGCUGGAGCGGGAGGUGUUAGACGGCGACAACCUCAACAAACUCGCACUGCAGUAUGGCUGCAAGGUGGCUGAUAUAAAACGGGUGAACAACCUUAUGCAGGAACAAGAUCUGUUUGCACUGAAAUCUAUCAAAAUACCUGUUCAGAAGCACAGCCUUUUAACUGAGACUUGCACGGACCUACGAGACCCUGCAGAAGAAAUGCCACAUUCAUCUGCAGCACCAUCAACUUCUCAGGACAGAGCCAGAGCCCAACCACAUCUACAGGAGGUCACAGACUUUCUAAUGGAGGUGGACCACGACAUUGAGAAACUGAUUCAGACCACGAUUGAUCAAGAUGAUGAUUUCUUGGAUAACUCGGACAGACGGCAAAGGUUUGGUUUCAGAGGACAGCGCCUGACCAGUCCCGGUGCGGACUGGGGCAUCCAGUGGUGGAACGCUGUAGUUGCCAUGCUUCUAAUUGGCAUCGUCCUGCCAUUAUUUUAUGUAAUUUAUUUCAAAACAAAAGAUAAUGGAGCAGUUUCCCCGACAGAUGGUAGUGGUGCUACACAUUCAGCCAGCUUGUCUUCAAAUGCCUCAGUGACAACAGAUGUGUCGCUUUCUCAAAACCCAGGAUAGCUCAGACAAGAGUCACAGAAAACCUGAAUUUUUAUUUAAGAAUGUUAGGUUGGAUAGUCUUGGAAGCAGGUGACGGUCAGGUUGAAUCCAAAUUUCAUCUCAGUGCAAUACCAUCAUGUGUGUAGUUUCCAACAGCAAAUGUGACAUUUAUAUUUUCCACUAUAACUGUGAUGCUUCACACCUCAAUGAUUGUCUUGAAAAAAAAAAACAAAAAAAAAAACGAAAUAGCUGCACAAUCAUUUUUGUGACUUAAUGACACUAACAUGAGUUUUCAUAUGGAGCACAAUUGGCUGAAAUAUUACUUUUGGUACUGUUUGUUUUGGGGGGAGAUUUCAGUUCAUCAUUAUACUAUUUUUAAGGUAUUGGGCUGUAUUCAGACUAAAUCAGGCAUUGCAGAGAUGAAGCUCAGUUGUACCGCAGUGUUGGAGGACACAACUGGGAGAGUAUCAUUACUGUCUGUCUCCUGGAAGCUUAAUGUUGUUUGAAGCACCAAGCAACAUGGUGGACCUCUGAUUGUUUGUGCAUGUCCCUUUUUAGUUUUUGCCAUUAUGAUAGUGUUUCACCUGUUUCAUUAGUUUUUUCGCCACACAGCCUCUGCUCUUUUUUUUUUUUUGACAACCCAAGCAGUCCGCACUGCCUUAACGGACUACACACAUUCAGAUUGAAAGGGUGGACUGGACUUUUCACUGCAGUGCCUAAUUAGGUCUGAAGGCCUUAAAUGGUAAUGCAAGCACUAUGCAAACAUCCACCCGGUAGAUAUUUCUUUGUAGGCUUUACCACAACUUUUCUUUCUAGCCGUGCCUUUUGCCAGUUUAAACACAUCAAGUGACAUAAAAUCUGUGUUGUGUAUCAGGCGUAAUCUUGAUAUCUGUCCCAAUACAGUUAUAUAUUUUUAGACUUUUGCCUAAAAAUGGUAACAUUGGAAAUGUAUUGUUACUGUUUGAGUGAAAGCUGUAUUUGACAUGGGUGUGAGCAUUUUUUGUGUGCCUUAUUUGAUGUAAGUUAUUUUUUGUGUUUGUGUGUUUAUUAAGUUAUUGCCAUGCACGCCAUGCCUUUUCUCUUGUACAGUGCUAGAAGUGUAAAAUUGUGUUUACAAUAAGAAUUUGGUGCAAUAUACUUCACCAUGUUCAAUUUUAUCAGUUCGUGGACACCUUACUGUCUUUAAAGUACAGGGUGUUGCAGUUUGAAAAUGUAAUUUACUCACCUAUAAGCUCUCUGAGUGAGCUUUGCGAUACAGGAAAGUGCCUUAAACCUUCACUGUCAGGUGUGUAUUGUAUAGCACACGUUAUCUUACAUUGUUUGAUGGGUACCUGGGUCCACCAUGAACAAUGGGUGGCUUGUCCAAUGCACUUUUUAAGAUCUGAAGUAUUUUAAUUUAAUGAAACUGGAAAAUGUAUUAUUGCCAUAUUUUUCGAACUAAAUCAAUUUGACGUUGAU